AUGGACAAUUCUUAUAGACCCAAGAGAAAUGAUUAUAAUGACAACUACAGUGUCCAAUCUACCGAACAUGUUGUUAAGAUACCCCCUCCAACUACUAGUGCUGGAGUUAGCUCAGAAUAUAAUUGGCCAUUAGCACCACCACUGCCACCACCGCCAUCAAAUAUAUCUUCUGGUUUUAUUAACCAAAGAAAUUAUACUUAUGAUGACUUGGCAAACGCGACGGGAGGAUUUUCCAAGACCAAUCUUCUUGGACAAGGUGGAUUUGGAUAUGUACAUAAAGGAAUUUUACCUAAUGGUAAAGAGAUCGCGGUAAAAAGUUUGAAAUCAAAUAGUGGACAAGGAGAAAGGGAAUUUCAAACUGAAGUUGAAACUAUAAGCCGUGUAAAUCAUCGACAUCUUGUGUCUUUAGUUGGUUAUUGUAUUGCUGGAUCUCAAAGGAUGCUUGUCUAUGAGUUUAUUCCUAACGACACUCUUGAAUAUCACCUUCAUGGAUCUGGAAACCCAGUUAUGAAUUUCCCAACGAGGCUUAAAAUUGCAACAGGAACAGCUAAAGGGUUUGCUUAUAUUCAUGAAGAUUGUCACCCUCGAAUUAUUCACAGAGACAUUAAAGGUGCAAACAUCCUAUUGGACAACAACUUUGAAGCCAAGGUGGCUGAUUUUGGGUUAGCUAAGCUUGCAGCCGAUAACUUUACUCAUGUGUCUACUCGUAUCAUGGGAACUUUCGGGUAUUUGGCACCAGAGUAUGCUUCGACGGGGAAGUUAACAGAAAAAUCUGAUGUAUAUUCUUACGGUGUUAUGCUUCUGGAACUUAUAACGGGACAUCGUCCUACUGAUGUCAACAGCGACGGUGAUAACUUAGUUGAUUGGGCUAGGCCAAUUCUAAAUCGUGCAAUAGAAGGUGGAAAUUAUGAUGAAUUAAUAGAUCCACGUUUGGAAGGAAAAUUUGAUAGACAACAAAUGUUAUGCAUGGUCAUUUGUGCUGCUGCGUCCAUCAGACAUUCUUCAAAAAGACGACCAAAAAUGAGUCAAAUUGUACGUACUUUAGAAGGUGAUGUUGCUUUAUUGAAUGAUUUAUAUAAAGGAUCAACGCCAGGAAUAUCUGGAUCAGGAGAAAGUUCAGAAUGUGAUGGAGCUGGUUCAUCAUAUGGCAAUAUUAAAAGGUUGAAAAAUUCUGAAAUAUCAAGUGAAGAAUACACAAGUAGUGAACAUGAAUCAACUGGUGAGUUUGUCCAGUCCAAGGCUCAAUCUUAA